AUGGGUUGGCAAGCGCAUCUCUCCGGUCUUGGCCGCAUUCACCCUAACACCAGUAACCUUUGUAAGGUUCCUCACUCAGUUCCUCCAAAGGAGCUGAGAGCGCAGCCAGGUGAUAUCCUGCAGUUGUGGAGCACAUGCUCAGGCUCUGCCGAUCACAGCUUCUACAGGUUAUCUAAACCCUUUUUGGUAUAUUUGAAUUAUUUUAACAAAGUAAUAAGUUGAUAUAUUUGCCAAAAGCUGUUGUUAACUUUUUAUAUUAUUCGUAAGAAAAAAUUUGUUAGACUUUUUAUUUAA